UAAUCUUUGGUGUGUUUAUUUGUGGCUUUGCGCGAAGUUGAAAUUGAUGUGCAUUGUAUUUGGUUGUUUAUAAUGAACGUGGUGAACUUUACCUUGCACGUGGAUAAUAACACAUAUUGACGGUAUUAGGCGCAAACGAUACGUUGAAACACUGUGAGGAUGAAUUUUACCUUCGGAACUCCUGUUUCCAAACCUGCUACUGGUUUUACCUUAUCUCUUCCCGCGGCGAGUACUGGACUGACACUAACACCAAAAACUACAGCCACUACGUCAACAGCUGCUGCAUCAGGAACAACAGCGCCAGCAGGAACAAGCACAGUGGCGACAACAUCCGCUGCUACUGGCUUCAGCCUACCUUCAACUGCAGCAUCUGGCUUCUCCCUCAUCUCAAGUGCCGCUACAUCAACAGCUACAGGAACUGCACCCACGUCCAUUCAGGCUAUAGCAAUAAGCUCAUCUGUACAGGCUGGACUGGGUGCAACCACUGUGGUUUCAAGUGCAGCAGGUACAACUUCCUCUCUUAACUUCAGUCAGCUUGAAGAAAACAUAAACAAAUGGACUCUGGAAUUAGAGGAACAAGAAAAAGUUUUCAUGAAUCAGGUUGUGCAGAUUAAUGCAUGGGACCGCAUGCUUAUUUCUAAUGCUGAAAAGAUUGUGAAUUUGAAUAGUGCUGUGGAACAAGUCAAGCUAGAGCAGCAACAGCUGGAACAUGAACUAGAUUUCAUUGUGGCUCAGCAGCGAGAACUGGAAGAAUGCUUAGUUCCUUUGGAAAAAGAACUUGAGAACACUAUUACUACAGGAAUAGAUCCUGAGCGGGAGCGAACUUACGAUUUGGCUGAGAAUCUAGAUUCUCAGCUUAAACAGAUGUCGGAAGAUCUCAAGGAACUUAUUGAUCUGUUGAAUGAAAUGAAUCGCAGUGGCAAGGAUUCAAAUGAUCCGUUUGUGCAAAUUGGCCGGAUUUUAAAUGCUCAUAUGAACUCUCUGCAGUGGAUUGAUGAAAACACUACUCAGCUCGCAACUCAGAUCGAACAAGUAUCAAAACUGCAUGACAUACUCAAAAGGGAGAAUGAACGAUCUUUCCAUCUUACUUAUGAUAAAGAUUAUUAAACUCUGUACAACAAACCACUGUAAUUAUGUUUUUCAAUAAAAAUUCAGAAAUUAA